GCAGAUCCAAAUGCACAGUCGAUUCCUGGGACAGAAUAAUAUUGAGUGUUAGUUCUUCAAGUUAUACCAACUCAUUCGCGAAUGUAAUGGAUAUUAUUUGUCUGAUGUGAGAUGGCAACAAGAGCGCUGAAUGGGUGAAAAUAAAUUCUAGAACCUGAAUUUGAUCGAUUGGCUAUGAUAAAAAAGAACGAAUUAAUUUGCGGAAGUGAUUCUUUCUAGAUGUUACUAGAAUUCAGAAAGUACUCCAAUGUUUGUUACACGAAUAAUUGGCAUACUAUAUUCGCUUCUAUAAGCAUUGACAAUCGCAGAUGCUGCGGUACCUUCUCGCGUGACCAGCCCGUGCCCCCAGAUGGCGUUGCGGAGGAGGAGGAGCUGUCUCAGAUCCCUUCCGACGACUCCUCGAUGCACCCCCUCAACGAGUCCUUCGCCACCCCACCUCCCGUAGGGCCUCGACUCUGCGAGCCCUGGCCGCAAACCCGACACCUCCUGCUGCAGGGGGCGCAGAUCUGUUUGGCGGCUGCCUUUGUUAUGCCCACCGUCGGCCGACCAUUGGCUCAGUUCGCAUCCCGAAUCCUGCUCAGUGCUGGAUUCCUGUCUGCCGGAGCUUGGGCCGCCCUCCACUCAUGCACGGGUCCCGACGUGCUCGCCUGGAACGCCACAUUGCUAGUGGCCAACUGCGCCCAGGCAGCUUACAUUGUCUACAGAAGGCUGCCACCAAGAAUUGCACCGGAAUUGCAGGAGCUCUACCUCAAAGUGUUUGCGCCCCUUAAGGUUGGCAAGGACCAGUUUAGGCAGUUAGUGAGGCACGCCCACACAGAACCCUUAGAACCUGGGGAACAUUACGCUGUCGAGGGAAUCACAUUAACAGAUCAAAGACUAGCCGUUCUACUUACUGGAAAGAUGAAAGUGACUUGCGAGGAGAUUCUUUUACAUUAUUUGUCGCCCACGGAGUUUGUGGAUUCGCCCGAGUGGGAAUCUUGCGCAUCCAAUACAGAUAAACGCUUCCAGGUUACUCUAACCGCUAUCGAGCCUUGCAAGCUCUUAUGUUGGGGCCGCAAGGAACUGUUAAGCCUACUGGACGGCAAUCCUUUUCUGAAAGUUGUGAUGCACCACCUUAUAGGCAAGGAUAUCACGCACAAACUGUACUCUUUGAACGAGCAGCAUCGGUUUCAUGAUAAGCAGCCGUCUCUCGCCGAUUCUUUGGAGUUCUGGAGGAGCCCACCGGUCAUCCGCAGCCACUCUCUGGACAUGCUGCAUACAGGCAGGAGGGGACAGGUCAGGUCCCUUACCUGGCAGAAACCCAUGAGAAGAGAACGCAGGACGAGGUCUAUAGUAACUGAGAAUCUAGGAGAUUCUCGCACAUCCAAUUUCUCAGACCCGGGUCCGAUGCGGAGCAAGAGGAAACUAAAGCAGCUUCAAGAAGAUGAAUUGCAGAACGAAACGCCAGUCUGAACGACGAACCUGCCGUCCAUUGCUUCACACUCGCGAAGGAAGCUUGUGCAGACAAGAGACUGCAUUUCAUGUGUGUGUGAGAGAUAGAGAGAGAGAGAGAGGAAGAAAGAGAGAGACAAAUGACUCUCGGUAUUUUUCAAUAAAACAUUCGAAUUGCGAUGAACAUUAAUGGGAUAUUCUAACAGACGUGCUCACUGACUUUCUGAGUGCAUUCGAACAAUAAUUUGGAGAACUCCAAUGACAUAAAUAUCGAUAAAUAGACUUGUGGAAUGAGUGUCAGUCUCUCGCUUUGUCAGCUUCUCAACAUGCGUUUUUCCCGUAUAUACUUGAUUUUGGAAAUGUCAUCUAUUUCAAAGUGUUCACGGCAAAGAAAAGAUAUUAAUUGAGGGGAAUAAAGACUGUAUUAUAGGAUAAAAAAGUCAUGGCAUAAAUCAGAUAAAACUACGGAGAUUUCAGCAAUUUCUUUGUCUUUUCAUGUACUGCAUGCAACGAUGAUCAGAUGAUAUUUUCAAUCUUUCCCUUUUCGGCAUGUUUCAAUUUUAACAUACUUACUAUUUUUGCGCCGUUAUUAUACAAAUUAUGGUAAAAGUUUUAAUAUAGCUUAAAUUUCCUCACAUUAAUAUAUCACUAUUAUAAAAAUUGAUGAGCAACAGCACGAAGAAAACCAUAAAAUAACAUUCUAUCUUUUUAUCCUCAAUAAUUUUCUUAUAAUAAAACAUUUUGGAAUAAGAAUACAAAAUAGUACUUGAUUACAAAAUUUCCUGGUAGCUGCGCUCUAGUAAGAACUGGAUAUUUUCCUUAAAUAAAAAAAAUAAAAAACGCUCUUUUAUUUAAAAAUAUCAAAAAUUGCCUGAUGGAUAUUAUUUUCGUUUUGCAAUCUCAAGAAACUUUUCUUUUUAAAACUGUUCCUGUACAGAAAGACGUUUUUAGUGAAAGCAAUCAAUCGCCUCUGGGUAGUUUCCGAGCGAAAAAGUGUGUGACUUUUUACUUUUUCAGUGAUUUACGCUGCACUAACUUUCUAUAAACAGCUUUUUCAUAUAUAAAGAAACUAUAUUUUUACAUCAAUCAAUUUAAUUUUCUAGGGAUAUUGCCCUUUUUUUCAUAAUCUUCAUGUUUGAAUGCAAAGCUAGAUUUUUAAUUUUGUUUUACGACAUUUUUGUCAAAAAAUCUGCACUAUGCAAUUUAUCUACAAAUGCGUGCUGGUUUUCAAACAAAAUAAAUUUUUGUACUUUUUCUCAAUAUGAUGAAACAGAUUUUUAAAAUUUUCAUUCUGAUUAAUAUUUACAGUACAAGAAUUAAUAUUCUAAAAUAUAUGGUUGGAAAAAAUUUAGCAAAAUAGUCUUACCGCAGAAAAACAAAAAUUAUGAAAUAAUUUUGAUAAAAUUUCAGUCUUCAUAAUGAUGAGAAAAUUUCAGUUAUAUAAUUUGUAAGUAAUUUUAGAAACAGAAGCAAUUUUCGGUGAAUUUUUUGUAAUAAUAAAUUUUAAAUAUCAAGCUUUUAUAUAUAUUUCAAAAACUUUAAGCAUUUUUAUCUACUUCUCGAGUUUAUUUUAUGCUUAUUUGUAAAUUGAAUAACUAAACAGACAUUUUUAUUGCACUUUAAUCUUUCUCUAUUCAUUUGAACGUCAGUUUCUAUUUCAUACCAUUUACACAUCUACAAAGUAAUUCAUACAGAAUGUACUAAUUACGGAAAUGCCUUAUCAUCUUAGAAACAAUCAGAAAUCUCUGUUUUUAUCAUUGAAAUUUAUUAAAUGUCGGCCAGUAACAACAGAGAACUAUUUCAUAAAAUAUAUUCGGAAGUUUUCUGAAGAAUUUUGAUAAACAAAAUUCUUUGGAAUGCCAUCAUAUAAUUUAGAAAGAUAAAUCUCAAAAAAAUGUUAGAUAUAUUUCAUAAUUUUAUAUCAGCUUUGUUCCUUUAGUUUUUGAAUCACAUGACUGUAACGCAUGCGGAUUGCUGACAAAGCGAGUCACUGCAAGCCAAUCACAAUCGCAGGAACUUGUGACGCGGUCUAUGCAAAGUAUUUUGUGAAAGAGUAGUAGCGAGGAGAUUGUACAUAGGCUGUAAGUGCUUAGUUAUUAGAGCAGAAAAAUCGUUAAUUUUGAACACAACGGAAUAACAGAGCAACGAAUCUAUUUUGCCUAAUUUCCUGUCCCCUGAUUGGUUUGGAGAGCGAAACGCACAACGAUGGAAACUCAAGAUAAAGGGAAAUGCUCAGAAGUUUUGGAAAUGUUUCAGUUUCCAAAAAUAAAAAAAAAGCUUCUUUUUUCUACGUAAAACUCAUUUGAAAAUGUUUAUUGCAUGUAUUUUUGGUUCCCUCAGUGUAAUAAAGGAACAUUUUGUUACAA